UCUCUGAAACUCCUGCGUGUGCCGUCAAAAUUGCCAAAUCAAAUAAAUAAUAAUUUCAGAUCUGCCUAAAUUUAAAAGGAAAAUUCUUUCAGGAGUUCAUGAAUCAAGACACCAUUAUCUGCAUUUUUCUGCUAUAAAAUCCAAAAUUUUAAUAGGUGGGGCGAAUAGGUGCAAGUUAUUCAAUUGUUUUCUUCUCCACAGGGAAGUCCAGCUUUGUGAUGCAUGAGAAUGGGGAAUAUCUUCACAAGUUUAUGUUUCAUGUCCAAGUUGUGGUCCAAGAAUGAUGAUGAUGACGAUGACGAUGAUGAUGUUUCAUGCUGUAAUGUUCAUUUUUCAGGAGGAAAUGUAAAUCUCAUUACCACAAAAGAAAAUUGGGAACAGAAGAUUGAAGAAGCAAGAAACGAUAACAAAAUUGUGGUUGCAAACUUUAGCGCCUCAUGGUGUAGUCCUUGUAAAAUGAUUGCACCAUUCUACUGUGAACUAUCUGAGAAACAACCUUCUUUAACGUUCUUGGUGGUCGAUGUGGACGAACUUAGUGAAUUGAGUUCAUUGUGGGAGGUCAAAGCAACCCCAACUUUCUUUUUCAUAAAGGAUGGAAAGAAAUUUGACAGCCUGCUAGGGGCAAACAAGACAGAGCUGCAGAAUAAGAUUACAGCCAUUGUGGAUUCAGAGACACCACCGUGUCAGUCGUAGUUGUUAUGUAGAUGUUCUUAUGAGCAACGAGGAAUGACCGUCUUUCUUCUAGUUAUCCUGUAAAUGCAAUUAGUACUAUACAUAAAUACAUAGUAUUAGUUUCCUUCCAUUGUUUUUACUGAUUGAGAAAAUGGAAGGGUAGCAAUUAGAAUCCCAUCCUGCAUGCCUUACCCCGAUCUCCUAUCGACUCCCAAAUAAUUGCU